AUGACUCAAGGCAGCAACUCACAGCAGACUCCGGUGCCACCACCGAGCCGUCACUGGAUGUUUGAUGAGACAAUCAAACCCUCGAAGUUCCAUCAUCUGCUCAAGCUACCCCACAAGCUCUCACCUUCGAACUACCUCACCUGGAUCACCAUGAUCGAGUCAACACUCAAAACUGUCAACCUCUUCGGCUACUGCACGGGCAAAGUCAAAGACCCGGAUCCUGCAGACACGACAGCUGCAGCACGCUGGAAGCGCAUGAAAAUCCUUGUACAUGCGAUCCUGAUGACAAAUAUGAUGGAAGACAUCAUUAACCAGUUCGAUGACGGUGAGGACCUCAUCGCACACAUCGCAAAGAUGAAGGAAUACCACCGCAACCUCAUACUGAUGAGUCGCAACAUAGAUGACGAGCUCUUUGCUUGUUUCCUUCGCAUCUCCAUGCCAGCAUUAUGGAACUACGUUUUUGCAGCCCUACCUGAUCGCUACACACUGGAAGAGAUUGAACGGCAUAUGAAGGAUGAACUUGGUGUCCGAACCAAUCAGCAAACAAAUGCGACGGUGUACGGAGCCUUUUCGAAGGGCAAACAGAAGGGCAAGAUCCAGGGGAGCCAAUCUAACCCACCAAAGUGCACAAACUGCGGUAAGAAGGGUCAUACCAUGCAGAAGUGCUAUUGA